AUGGAAAAAAGAGGUAAGCGUGAGUCACAUUUGACAAUUUUUAUGGUUAGUUAUAACGUCGCCUAACACUAAUCACGGUCGUGAACGUAUUGUAAUUCUCGGGUAAUUACCCAAACUUGAGCAGAUGCACAUUCUAUUUUUAUGAUAUUUUUAAUAAACCUUUAUCAUUGCAGUUAAGAAGACUUGUCUCUAAAACUAAAUAAAUAAAUUUCCGUUAUUUACCCUGGGCAGUAUUUAUAGCAUUAAUGUUAGUGGGGCCUAGCAAAUGCCUUAAACAAAUAAUUUAAAUCAAACUUAACAGGGUUAAGAAUCCCAACUGGCCGGAGGCAAACCAGCUGGCUAUUUAUAAGCGUGGUCGCCAGAGAAUUUGAACUCGGGACUAUCCAGAACAAAUCCAGCAAGCGGUCAGGGCGGGACUUUAAUUCGGGGCUUCGCGAUUACAAGUCCAGCGCUCUAACCGCGCGGCCACACUGCCUCCUUCUAUUGAGGUUGAUGAUUUGUUGUUUUUUUGAUGUCGGACGUUAUUACUUCCAGUCACUUACGAUGCAUGUUUUUAAAGCCCCGUGCAAACGGACGCAACAUUGUUGGAUGUUACAUGGUGCGUCCGUUUGCACACCUUGUUGCAUGUUGUUGGAUGUUGUUGCGUGUUGUUGCGCAAAGUUUGAAAACGGUCAAACUUUUCAGCCAACAACUCCCAACAUUUCUUUUGUUGCGUGAUCGCCGAAGCGUAGCGCAACAAUGUUGGAUCCGUUUGCACAGCUCUUCCAACAUUGUUGGGGCCACGCACGCUCAUUACGCAUGGUUUACAAAGACUUAUGGGUUGCAUCCCUCCCACGAUGCACUGCAGGUCCCAACAUUGUUGGGAGUUGAUGCAUCCGUUUGCACACCACUGCCAACACGCUCGCAACAACUCCCAAGAUUGUUGGCGUAGCAAUGUUGGGAGUUGUUGCGUCCGUUUGCGCGCAGCCUAAGACCGUUUCUUAUAUUUGGAGGGGCUUGUACAUGGAGGGGCUUAUCUUCGGAAUUUUACAGUAUGUUUAUGUGGGAUCUACAAUAUCUCGAGGUGGAGAUGGGUCGGAGGAAAUAAGGAGAAGGCUUGCUAUGGCAAAGAACAAGCUUUCGAAGUUGAAAUUCUUGUGGAAUGGUCAAGAUCCUCAAGCAAAACAAAGAAUUCUUAGAGCAUGCGUUCUCCUCAUAGCUGCAUAUGGCUGUGAGACGUGAAUUAACGCUUUUGAAAUGAAAUGCUGCAGGAAAAUUUUAAAAAUAUCAUGGACGAAGCACGGAACAAAUAAGUCAGUUAGGGAGGAACUGAAAGUGGAUGAUCAAUGGUUACAGAUCUUUAUAAAGGAACAAAAGCUGAAAUACUUUGACCAUUUAAAAAGAAGUGAGAGCUUGGGAAAACCCAUUUUGGAGGGAAAGAUAGAGGGGAAAAGAGAAAGGAGAAGAACGAGAAGGCAGUGGGAUAAGGACAUACGGGAUGUUUUUGCAACAUUUCCUAACAGAAGUUGGAAGAUUGGCAAUUGACAGAAACUGUUUCCGCUGAAGUAAAACGAACCACUUUUCGGGACAAGUAAUUUUAAUGCUCGCUUAUUCUUAACACGAAGCAGAUUCAUGCUAUUCUUUGAAAGGUACUCUUUAGUUUUAGAUGCACUUUUAAUUGCUCCAAACCUUGCUCUGAAGUCUAAUGACUUGCUCCUCGGCUUUUUUGGAAUAUCCUUUAACAGUUUUGGCUGAAACGUCUGCUUCAUAUCUUUAAAUGUCUCAUCGGCUUUUACGACUGUGCGUUGGCUUCCAAUUCAAGAAAUAGGUUUUGGGUCUAUAAAGUACAUCGUAUCAGAAAUCAGGUAGAAUUUUCGAGCACCUUUAUAACUGGUAAAUGGGCACGGGUAGCAGUUCUGCAAGGAAUUUGCACCUCAGCCAGAGAUACCUUGAUGUUGAUGAUGAUUAUGAUGAUGAUGAUGAUGAUGAUGAUGAUGAUGAUGCCCAUGCCUACGAACCGAUCUGAAUACACCGAAUGCAAAUAUGGCGGACCUCUCGGCCGGCCCGGGUAUAGUUGCGCGAAAGCGAGGCUAGUCAGGCCUCAAGAGUUUUGUUUUGACUGCGCUUCUUGGCGAUUGAGUCGAUCGAUAUGGCUUGCUUCGAGUUAUUGCGUGCCUGAUCGCCACCAAAAAGGACAUUUUACUCUAGCUGAAACUGCCUUUACUUUCCCGAGAUCUUUUCACAACAAAAGUUAAGGAUUCAUGCCAUUCUGCGCGGCGAUAGGAAGCACUUUACGGCGAAAAGGCAAGUGUGCUCGCCUCACUUGCUUUAGAGAGGCCCUGCCAGGGUAAAUUCCGACAAGCGACAUGACCCAAAAAGUAGCGACAGAGCCUAAAAUGAAAUCGCGACAAGCGACAAGCGACAACCUCCUUCGUCCAAAUUGCGACAGUGACCGCAAAGCCGAGAAUAUGCGACAAAGAACAGUGGUUUGGCUAAUAUAUCACCAGUCUGAAUGCCAAGAAGAAGUAAUCUUCGUCAAUUUUCCUUGCGCUUUAGAGAUUGUCUCUCUUCAGGGAGUUUCAGUGGACCCUCCUGAGCGCGUCGCGUUGGCCCGUCGCGUAGUCUUCAGUUACGUGAUCCCGCACAACUCCUGAGAGACCUUGGAACUAGGUUGUCCGUCAAAUAGCUUAAUUUUACACACACUUUACAUCUCUUGUAAUCACUACUUUCAUAUAGACCAUAAUGCACCUUGUUUUCCCCCUCAGAAUUUUGCAUAACCAUUGUUUCUAAAAUCUCCAGGGUAUCACAGUCGUCCCAAGAGAAAUCGAAAACAAUGGUUAUGCAAAGUUUUGGGGGGGCUAAACAAGGUGCAUUAUGGUCUAUGUGAAAAUGGCGAAUACUUUGCUAGUUUUUGAACUUCUCACAUCCUUGUCGACCUCUGUCGGACGGUGUCGACGGUGGAGAGACCAGGGACCAGGUUACAAACUUAACCACCGACCUUCCAGCCGCUCUCACAGAGUAGACCUCCGUUAACCGGCCUUCACGUACGAUUUAUCACGUUCAACAUUUUGAAAAAUGUUGAACGUGGAUCACUUAGGGUGUGUUGACAGUGUUCCUUUAAGCGAAUCCAAAAACAGAUUUCUGAUCCGAGAUUUGCCGGAUUUCGCGGUCGAAAGGAACGUGAAAUCCGAAAUUGGAUUUGUGACCUUGGUAACCUUUCGCAAACGCGUGCAAUAUGCAUGACAGCCUGAGCCUCUCAAGAAAUGACAUGUUUUCUGCUGUUUGACAAAUUAUGCGAUUAUACCGUGCAGAAUUUUGUGGUCGGCAGUUCGAAUAACGACGAUGGAGCAUAAACAGAUCAAGAAAGGAGCGCGUUAAAGUUGAAAAUUUACUAAAGGUUGUCGGCUCAGUUUGAUCCAGUAUCGUAGCUCGGUCUUUUAUGUAACACGAUCAACUGCCUAUCGCGUCCACAAGUGAGUUUGUAGAAAGAUAGGAGAUAUUUGUCCCUUUUACUUAUUUGUGUUUUUCAGCAAUCUUUAGCGACAAAUGGUCAGCACAUGGAUAUUUUAGUGUACCACUAUGAACAAUCUUCUAGUGUUUCGUUUUACGGCAAAUGGCAGCAGUUAGGAAACUCUACGGGAAUACUUCAAUUGGAAAUACAGCUGGAUCAUCUGACUAAUUUCGAAUCCACUGUGAAUGGAACAGCGUAGAUCACUGAUCCGUUAAUCUGGAUUCGGAUUCUUCGGAUUUCAAAUCCAAUGUGAAUCCUUUUUCAAAAAGGAUUCACCAGAUCAAAAAUCCGAAUUUGGAUUUGCCGAAAGGAACGCGAAAUCCGUUUUAAGAUCGAAAAUCCGUUCUUGGAUUCUCCGAAAGGAACACACCCUUAAUUGUGAAUGGCGAUGUAUAGGUGUUCUAUACGCGAAAGGUUAACAGAGAAGUUGCACAACUGUAAUGGUUUCUUUACAACGCAUCGCUAUCCCCCUUUUCUAAAAUUCCGACAAAGACAAAAAGUUUUCGUUCAAUUUCCGACAACGACGUGAAGCAUUAAUAAACACUGACACGAGACGUUUUAAAAUUCAGACGAGCGACAUGGGAGCUCCCCCUGGCAGGACCUCUUUAGAGGAGAGGACUCACGAAAGUAUUUUAGACAAGAGAUGGUGCUGUUCCAUGAUGUUUGCAUGGCGUGUUAUUUAUCCAACAAAAGGUAAACAUUUUGGAGAACGGGAGCAUCCGCUGUCGACUUUAAAAUCUUUUAGUUUUCACCUAUUAAAAUAUUGUAAUAGUGACGAGUGUGAAUGAAACACAACAACAACAAUAGCCUGUUAAACCUACAAGCGUGGCCUGUGAAACCAUGUAAGAACCAGAAGACAAGUUUUAAGAACAGUCCUUUGAUAAAAUUAAAGUGCACUGAAAAACUAACAAAGGAACUAUCGCGAACUAAGAAAGUGGAAAGAAGGAAGAAGUUGACGAGUGUGAAUGAAACACAACAACAACAAUAGCCUGUUAAACCUACAAGCGUGGCCUGUGAAGCCAUGGAAGAACCAGAAGACAAGUUUUAAGAACGGUCCCUUGAUAAAAUUAAAGUGCACUGAAAAAACUAACAGAGGAACUAUCGCGAACUAAGAAAGUAAAAAGAAGGAAGAAGGUUCUGGCAGGGAAAGAGCAUUCAGGUAUUCGAACAUUGUAUUUGCCCCUGCGCGUGAUCUAUUUUAGCAACUUGUCGAAGGGUUUCGAGUUUUCCAAAAAUUGCUACUUUUAUAGCACUGCUCAAAAUUCUUGAACACAGGAUCGUGAAGACUGUGAAGACAUUCGGCCUCGUUGUAAACAGUUCAUGCACAGAAGUGAGCCCGAUCGAUGAGAACUCCUAAGGAUUGUUAAGUCGCGACACAUCCAUUUGCCAUGCAUCUCCGCCCGCAAAUAGCAAAAGCUAGACAAGGCGGGCCAAGAGGAAUGUUUACCUUUCCUUGGUAAGAGAACGGUCAAAGCGAACUUGAAACAGAACCAUCGUUCGGGAAUUGUCCCAUUCAAAUAGUUUCGUGAGUCUUCUCUUCUGAAGUGAAGCGAGCACACUUUCGUUCGUUUGACUCCGUGAUAGUAUAGUGCUUCCAUUCGCCGCGCCAAAUCACUAGAUUUCUUUCUUCGUCAAGAAUCUUUUUUUUUCUUUUUUUCUUUUAACGUUUAUUAAAUACUCCACAGCGUUACAAUACUAACGUUACAUGGCAUUGCAUGAUAUUACAUUACAAUAAAUUACAAAUACAUUACAUUACAUUACACUAUGAACUUUAACGGUAAACUAACUAUACAAAACAAGAAAAAUACGUUAUAAGUACAGAAGACACUAGGGUACAGAGUCUAAAGGCAGAGCCCACUUCUUAUUAAAUUUGUCCAUUUUAUUAGUUUUAACACAUAUGUACUUUUCUGUUUCAUACUUAAUUCUAACCUUGGAUGAAAAGGCAGUUAUGACUGGAAGAGUCUGAUUUCUUCUACAACCUCAUAAGUAUAGUUUACCGAUCAUUAUCAAAUAAUUCAGUAAAGGGCAAUUUGUAUAUAAUAUAUAGAUUUAGCCAGGGCUAAAGAGCGAAGCUCCCAUUAAUAAAUAUAUAAUUUAAAUCAAACAAUAAACUUGUAAUCCACAAAUCCGUUAACUUAAGGCACAUUCACGUGGCUUUUUAGAGAAAAGCUAAGUGAUUUUAGAGUGAAACAUCUCACAUCAGGUUGACUUAUAUGUUCACCCAAAAAAUAGCAAUCAUCUUCGAUCACAUUCAAGAGCCAUAACGGCUCUUGAUCACAGUAGAUUAGGCCUGGAAAACAAAUCAGGCUGAAUCUUUUGCGUUCGAUAAGUUUACUUUACAAAAUCUUGCCAACAAAUCUGGAAGCUUCUGGAGGUGUGUAAACCAACCUUUUAUACUUUUUAUACAUCACAUCUGAGGUGAAGCAGUACUAUGAGACGCUGUAUUUAUCAUACAGACCUCGGACAGAAUGCAGUAUUUCACUGUUUUUCAAAACAAUUGUACUCAGUCAAUAUUCAGGACGAUCAAUCGUUGGCUUUUAGCGAACCGUUCAAAAAUUUCAAAAAAUCACCUAUACGACCAGUCGGUUCUCGGCUUUUGACAAGCGGUCAAUUGUGUGAAUGAACAUUAAUAGAGUCGCGCUUCAACAUAAUAACGAAUUUAUUAUGUUAAUUUUUUUUAUUUAAUGGCUUUAUAACGAUGUGUAAUCUUGAAAAGCGUUUGAUACGCGCGACAUUUUGAGUACUCCUGCAAGCGAUGUUCAUGAAAGACUGAAAACAAACGGCACAGCGAUUAAAAUUUCAAAAGAGACUUCUAACAAUCAAUAAAAGAAAUGUAAUUCGGUGAAACAUUUCAAGAGACAACAAUUUUCAUUCACUAAGACAAGUAUAAAAGGAGUUUGCCUUUUGGUCGAGGGUCGAGGGUAACUAGUCGAGGGUCGAGGGUAAAUGGUCGAGGGUCGAGGGUAACUAGUCGAGGGUCGAGGGUAAAUGGUCGAGGGUCGAAAAAUCCUUCACAAUUAUUUCUGAAUUUUUUUCAAUUUAAAACCUAAAAUUCCCAAAUAAAGCAACCAAAGGAAAGAAGCGUGUCAGGAAGUUCAAUAAAUACCAUAAUACCAUUAAACUGCUGACUGAGGCAACCUUCGCCUAUCUGGUAAGUCAUCGUUUUGAUGUAAGUAUUUUCAUUGAUAGUCAUUACGAGCAUAGAAAUAGAUAGGAAACGUAUUUUAGUGCAGAGAGGUAACGUCAGUUACGAAAAGGGCAAGUCAGAAAGGUUAUACAAACUAGCAUUUUGCUUCACAUUGCAUGGUUCGCGUUUCAUGUUUUCUUUUAGCCUUAAUUGAUUAAGAACUUGACAAUAACCGGCCUAUCAUUGAUUGAACGUUAACUAACUACAUGAUACUCGGCAAACUAGUCUGACCAGGAUGCAGGGUGUGAAGUAUAAGUUGAACACGGAGCCCCCGUAAGUGGACUUGAAUGAUAGCUAAGGAAAUGAGUGAAAUGUAAAAUGACAAAGUGAGUAAAAGCUGAAUGAUGCUACUGAGCCGAUGUGGGCGAAUUUCAAAACGAACUGUUUCCGUACUCGUUUUACUUUUAUAUGAAAUAAAAUUUCAUAUUUUAUAUGAAAUAAAAUUAGUUUUAGAUAGUUUAGUUUUUAGUUUAGAUAGUUUAUUAAAAUAUCGAACAUGGCAGUCCGUAGACUGAAUUGCGUUACAAUUACUUAAAACUAAGAUUAAAUAAAUUCCAAAAUUAUAAAUACUAAUUGAAAUUAUAACAAAAAAAAUUUCUAUAAAAAUGCGAAAAACUCUCUAUAUAUAACUAGGUACAAACUAGUCCAAAAAAUUAUGUACACAUACUUGGAAUAAAAGUGUUCUUAAAACGAUUUGUAUGUGUGCGGGGCAUGGCAUAAGCCCUGGACUGUCUUAGAUUAUGUCUGUGUUCUCUCUUAGGAGGUAAGAGAGGCAGAAGUUUGUGAUCCGGGCAUGACGUGAUAGACUCGAAAAGCUUGCUACACAGGGUCACGCGUCUAGCGUGCAAGGUUACUAAAUCGAACCUGACCAAACAUUCUGAAUACGACGCAUAAGGACAAAUGAUGGAGAGCGCUCUCUUUUGCACUCGUUCGAUGUCGUCACUAAGAUACUGUGGAAGCGCAUGAUGGAAAACUGGCGCACAGUACUCUAAAACAGGUCUUAUCACGGUGCAGUAUAUAAAACAAUAACUUAGCAAUUCCUUUGCCCCCACUUUGCGCGCUUCCGUGAUUCGCAGCCCUUAUGAAAUUCGCACGCACUUUUACAAAUUACCUUUUGUUGGCCCCUUCUCGACUAACGCUCAACACAGAAUCAAGCGCUUAACUCAACGCUGUUGUAAGAACUUAGUCAUCAAGUUAGUGUUUGACCCAUACAAGAUCAAGAACUUAUUCAUUGCCAAGGAUGCGAUCUCUAAUUUAUCACGAUCCCUUGUUGUUUACAAAUUUUCUUGCGCAGGCUGUAGCGCCUGUUACGUCGGCGUAUGGAAAAGCCGGAAUCCGGAAUCCGGAAUCCGGAACCGGAGCAGGAAACGGAAACGGAACCUGAACUUAAAUUGAGACCAGGGUAAACUGUGAAGCACUAAAACCAGUUCCCGAUACCCGUGUGGGAAUAAAAUUCAAGAUGGCGUCGUCUGUUAUCAUUGGUUUUAUAAAUUUUUAGCCUAGUGAUCAUGAUACCAAAGGUAUACUCACAUUCGGAAAGUGACUUGCAAAAAAAAAGGUAAGUGCAUCCUACUGUUAUUCUUAGCAGUCGUAAACUGUGACUGCAGCUGUAAGUCGAGCAAUUUUCGACAGAUCGAGACUACAACUAAUCACAAGCCGAUUGACUGCGAAAAACAGCCAUUAUUAGUAUGUGAUGUUUAAGACCGCUGUGUUAUUCAUUUCCUUCUCUUGGGCCUAAGUUACUCCUUUCUUAAAAGGGCUCCGUGUUACAUCCAUUGUGAGGGAAAGGCGGCAAAGGGAGGAGAAGUACUCAUGUCAAUCAUGAUCCCAAGUUGCAACGCUCACGCGUAUAUGAAAUGCUCGAAGAAAAAUUUUGCGCCGUACGCAAAAAAUGCGACAGUAAAAAAUAUAAUAACAAUAAAUAAAUAUAAUGUGGGAUUAAUAAUGUGGGUCGAGUAAUAAUUGUUAAUGACACUCUUAAGACAGAAACGUCUCCAAGUUUUAUUUCUUAGGUUCGGGUUGCGGUUCUGUUUCCGGCUCCGGUUCCGGAUUCCGGAUUCCGGCUUUUCCAUACGCCCUGUUAUGUCGGUGAGACAAACCGACAUCUUGCUACACGUGUUCGUGAACAUUUAACAUCCGACAAGAACUCGCACAUCUUUCAGCACAUUCAUGGGUCAGAAACAUGCAGAGAUUUGUGCUCAGAGAAUUGCUUUUCAAUCCAAUAAUUGUGCAGGAUUUUUCGACCCUCGACCAUUUGCCCUCGACCCUCGACUAGUUACCCUCGACCCUCUACCCUCGACCAAAAGGCAAACUCGUAUAAAAGUGUCUCUAAAAAUCCUGAGUCUUUAAGUUUAUGUUUUAAGCCGGCUUCCCGGUGUUUGCUUUUUUCAAAGAUGAACUCGAGGCAAGAAAAUCGCUCAAAGUUUUCUUUCUACAAGCAAAUUUAUAACUAAAUAUUCUUCGGGAAGUUUUCUUUCUAUUAGCGGUGAGAAAAUAUAUCUAAAGGCUUUUUAAAGUUCUGUAAGCUUAUAUCAAACCUGAUAAUAGGUCAGAUCAUUGUCUCAAAUCUUACAAACGUGCAUAAUUAACUUGCCGCAUGAACUGUGCUCGACUUCAUGAGGUUACAUAUAAAAAAACAAAAAUCAUAUAUAAUAAUUACUCAGGCUUACCAUUCGAGAUGCAGCUCCUGAAGGCUAUCAAGUAAGACCAGAAUCGCUUGAGACUUUAAACUCCUCUUACGUAUCAAGCAAGGUGAAAAACGAAAACGGUAUAAUGCCAUCCGAAACCGGAUUUCCGACUUUGACAAGCGACGCAUUUCUCAACCAAAAACCCAAUGAACAAACCAGCCAUGAAUAACAGACGACUCUUGAUAGCAGCUCUACUUCAUUUUGUACAUCCAGUGGAAAAAGACAUUAAAAAACAUCACAAGUUGACACAAAACUCUGUCAGCUUCAGCUGUCAAAGUAAACAAGUUUCAAGAUGCUGCAUAAAUUUUCCGCAUGAACUCACCUGUCAAAUUUUGACCAAUCAGAGCAUAAAAAUUGGACGUAGAGCGUGACCAACGCGUGACCAUGGUAAGAAAGGGUCUUCCCCGCCUGUAUUUUUAAAUAACUGGCUGAAUUUUCGUGUCCGAGGUAAGUUUGAAAUCAAAAUCUUAAUAGUGCUGGGCCAUAGUGACACAAAAAACCGACAUAUUUCAUAUAAAUUUUUAAAAAACAAACUUGAGCCUGCGAUCAUUUGAAAACUAGUAACUUGUCAGCGGAUAACUUCAAAAAAUACUCGACCUCGAUGGGUCGACACCUGAGCCCGCGAUACGGUCAGGUGAUACUGGUCAGCGGAUACCCUGUUUUGACAGCUGUCAAUUGAUCACAACAUUGAUGUGCAAUCAGUUUUCUCUUGGGCUCCCAAACUAGCUAGAAAGUGCGAGAGUAAACAUUGGUAUGCCUGUGGUGCGGACGGACGGUCGUACGUUCGUUCGGUGUACGGUCACGUGAUAACCAAAUUUUCUGGGAUGGGUAGAUUUACUUAGCUAUGGGGCUCCGCCCACGCGCGCGCGCUUCGUGCGCGGGUGGAGCUCCGCUAAUAUUCCUGUAAUAACGUCUUGUAAGGUCAGACAGACGAAUUCUCUUGUCAAUGUGUAAAAGUCUGUAAUAUUGAAAUUCCUUCCAAAACUGCUUUCUGUGUCUGCAUUCGAAAAAGAUGUGGUAAAGGGAUUCCGAAUCCGUUUUGCAUAGUGAACAUUUAUCAUCUUGGAUAUAACCUACUUUGCAUAACUUUUUAUUAAUAAAUAAAAUUGAAUUAAGGACUUUGUAUUGAAAAGCUUUUAGAUAAGGUUCAAACGCUACCUCAUUUGGAAGAAGGAAUGCUUUUUUCAGCUGGUCUUGGGUUAGAUUGAAAUCUUGACACAAGUGUUUCACGCGUGUUUUGUCCAAAUCCUAAUAAUUUCCCAAGUCUUUUUCGGGCAACGUAAAACCGUUAACCGAAAAACAGUAGUCGGUUGCAGUAAAUUGACCUCGAUCUUAAGGUCUGUGUUGUCGUUUCCUCCGGCUGAGAUGUGAAUUCCUCGAAGAAACGCCGCCCGUGCUCAUUUCGUAGUCAGAAACAAACGUGCUCGGACAGAUAUACCUGAGCAUUAGGAGAAGGUAGCUUAUCAUCUCAAUACCUAUUUCUUGAAUUGCAUACAAAGUACAGCUGCAAAGUUGUUGAAGAUGGGUUGCAGUGCAUUAAAAUGCAUGUAGCAGAAGUUUCAGGAACAAGUCAUUCAACUUCAACUUCUUCAUCUAGAGUACUGUAUUUAAAAAAAUAGUACGAUUAGCAAUCGGCUUUGUUUUGAGAAUUAGCAAGCAUCAAAACUACUUGUCCCGAAAAUUCGAACUGUUGGCUCGUCCUACCUCAGAGCAACUCGUUUUCGAAAUUUUAAAACCAUUCCACAGCUGAAUUUUGAAGGACUUUCUAGUUAGGGACUUCUGUUCCAACGAUUUUUCUGAAAUUUAUUUGGUAUGUUUAUUAUAUCAACAAAAGGAGUGACCAGAAAUUUUAGUAAAAAAUAUCUGCAAAAUUUUUUACUAGACGCGAUUUUUUAUGAACAGUAGGCCCAUUUAAGCGCAAAUUUCGUUUCAAAUAUUUACCACCAAUGAAAUGAUAUUAUUUAAUAUAUUAUUGCCGAAUGACAUCUGUACUUUUUUUCAAAGUUUCAUAACCAUCGCGCCAAAAAGUUAUGGCGAAACGUUCGUCAUAGCUCAAUGUCCCUAUAUUAAUAUGAAAAUUCAAUAAGUAAACGUAGAAAACAAAGGUCUUUUAUAGAAAAAAAAUGCAAAUUUUGAAAAAAAAACAUUUGUUACAACUCGGUUGCCAUGGUAACGUCAGUGUUGACGUACACGUCACGACGACUUUAAAAUGUUCCCAAGAACUUUUUGGAAAAGUCGCCAAGUUUGGCGCUCUUAGCUUGAACGGUUUUAAGUUAUUCAUCUUCUUAGUGUGGGGGGAGGGGGGCUCGGUCUGAAUAGGGUUAAAGAACCGUGCGCUGGCAUCCCUAUAAUUUUACGGGAAAAAUAAAGAAAAUUAGUUCACACUGAACUGAAUAGCAUAAUUAUAGAAAGUUAUUACCUUACAAUACAAGCUAAAAUUAGGCAAAUAGACAACUGCCAGUAAUGUUUCACAUCCAGUAGCAGUCGGAACAGUUAAAAACUGGUACAUAACAUUUUGGGUGCUUUCCAAAAGUCAGAACUGGCCAGCCGGACCGUUCAUUUUGAAAGUAAAAUGUUAGUCUUUUUUCGAAAUUUUUUGAGAAAUGUGGUCGUUUUCGAUAAAUUUUUUGAAACAGUGUUUUAGUGAGAUACAAAACGGAUAUUUGAAAAAUGGUCACUUAUGGAAGGUGGUCACUAACUAGAAGUGGUCGCUAUGAGGGAGUUGAUUGUAUUUAGUGCCGAUAUUGUAAACAAACAGUCCACUUUUAGGACCUCUAAUGGUAAAUACUUGUUUAGUUUUCGUUUUAAUUGUUUAAUACUUACUCAGUGUUGUAGUUUAUAUCUAUUGUAAACAUUUGACAUUUUUAGCCAAAAACAGAUGAAGAGCCAUCGAGGGAUAGUCUGUUAAUAAACCGCUUACUUGCUUACUUACUCACUCACUCACUCAUUCACCCUCUUACUUACUUACUUACUUACUUACUUACUUACUUACUUCUUACUUUCUUACUUACUUACUUACUUUCUUACUUUCUUACUUGCCACCCUUGCCCUUACCCUUACUUACUUACGUACUUACUUACUUACUUUUGCAUUAACACACCUUAUUUGCUGCCACCUACCUGAUGAUUCUUCACUUCCUGUAUUCACUUAUCAUUUACUUUCUUAAUUACUUACUUCUUUGCUUUUUAAAUUGCCCACCUACUUGCCGGUCUUCUUCUUGCUUUCUUAUUCCUUGUUUAUUUCUUACAUUUUUUGCGUUCUUUUCUUUCUUUCUUUCUUUUUCUUACUUCCUUAACCUUACUUGCUUACUUGUUGCCUUGCCAUUACAGUACUUACUUCCUGACAUUCUGACCGACUUACUUACUUACUUACUUACUUACUUACUUACUUACUUUCUUUCUUACUUACUUACUUACUUCUUACUUUUCUUACUUACUUACUUACUUCUUACUUUCUUACUUACUUACUUCUUACUUAACUUACUUACUUCUUACUUACUUACUUACUUACUUACUUACUUACUUCUUCUUACUUACUUACUUACUUCUUACUUUCUUACUUACUUACUUACUUACUUACUUACUUAUAUUUUGCAGCUCCUGCUGAGAUACGUGCGCGGGGUCUUGCAGCUGUUGAAGCCUACAACAAAGCCCUUUCACAUGGGAAAACCUUGGUCAAGAGGCUUCCGCUAAUGUUGAUUGGACAAGACCGAGCAGGAAAGACCAGCCUAAAGAAAUCUUUGAGAGGAAUUUGUUUCGAUCCGGAGGAAGACAGUACUGAUGGUAUAGAAGUGGAUCCGUCUUUCUUCAACGUGUCUACCGAGACAUGGAGGACUGGGGAACCGGAUAGGGGGCAGAACUCUGAUCAAGUCCCUACCUUUGAUUAUCAAACAGCAAGACGUAUUGUAGAUAGUCUAGAGAGAGAAAGGAAAGUUAGAAAUGUCCAAACAUUUGCAGAGGAGGGUUUAAGUAUUUCUGAUUAUGAAAGCAUUGAGGUUCCAGGGGAAUUGAAAACCAUCGAGCCAUCAAGAGAAACGGAAAAUGUUCACAAACCAAAGGAUUCAGACCCCACCCACAGUAUACACAUCCCCAGUGUUACACCUGAUCUAACAGAAGAGAAACUGGAGGAAGUUAACUCCUCAGCUUCAGGAGUUCCUGAUGAGGUAGCGUCUCUUGCUGAAGCUUUACUUCAACGCAACUUUGAAGAUAAUGGAGAAGAAAUUUAUUCAACUUUCUGGGAUUUUGCUGGACAGUCUGUUUACUAUGUGACACAUCCACUUUUCCUAACAAAGAAGGCGAUAUACCUCUUGGUUUAUGAUCUCAGCUUAAAUCCAUACGACAAAGCCAAGCCCGUGGUGAAGAGAGGGGUGUACAAGAAAACCUUGGAGGGUUUCAGUAGUCUCAAGACCAAUUUGGAUUACCUGGAGUUUUGGAUGACGUCCGUGGCCUCUUUAGCUAGUACUCAGGAGGAAGAUUUGACAUCAGAGCUACUUCCGGAGAAGCUUCCUCCAGUUUUCUUAGUUUGCACUCACGCUGAUACCCCUUACUGUGGUCGUGAUCCCCAAGAACUAGCCACUGAGAUAUUUGGUUCUCUAAGAAGCAAACCGUAUGGGUGUCAUUUGUAUGACGUGUUUUUUGUGGAUAACACAAGUUUACGUGUUAACACGUCUGGAUGCCCCGAAGUCCAGCGCUUGCGGAAGGAAUUAGUCUCUGUGGCCAAAGAGCUACCCCAAACACACCACACGGUUCCAAUAAAGUGGUUGAAAUUUGAGAAGGUGCUUCAGGUAGAGAAAGAGGGACAUCAGUGGAUUUACUUGGAGACAGCAAAAAAUAUUGCAAACGCCUGCGGCAUUGAUGAAGACAAGGAAAUCGAGACCAUGAUGAACUAUUUGCAUGAUUUAAAAAGCUUAAUCCAUUUUGACGAUACUGAUGAACUAAAUAGAUUAGUAGUCUUGGAUCCUCAGUGGUUAAUUGAUGUUUUCAAGAAGGUGAUAACUGUCAAGCCGUAUCAUUCUAAAGAAAAGAAGAAGUUUGUCGACUUAUGGUGUAGGCUUGAGAAGGAGGGAAUCUUGACUGAAAAGCUUUUGGUGCAUGCGUGGGACUCUUUGUUCGACAACAAGGAAACUUAUCAGAAUCUUAUUGAAAUCAUGAAGAAAUUUAGCUUGCUAUGCCCUUGGCCGUCAGAUGAUUCAGACAACAAGAGCUAUCUAGUGCCAUCAAUGCUGAGGUCACAUCCACCAGAAGAGGCCCUUAGGCUGGUUGAGACUGCAAAAAUUCCUCCUCUAUAUGUUAAAUUUUCAAACGGUCAGGUCCCUCCAGAUUUGUUUCCAAGGCUGGUUGUUCAGUUCUUUCAGUGGGUCAAAGACAAAUGUCAGAUCUUACAGAAGCCUCAGUUGUUCCAUGAGUUUGCCAGAUUUUUCAUAUCUGCAGAUGGCGACUCGGUAAUUCUUAUUUGCCGCUCUUCUGUCAUUGAAGUCGUAGUUCACGGUGAUAAUCACAGUUGUGAGUUGGUAGAACAUUUCUCUGCAAGUGUGAAAUUAUCAGCGGAUGUCCAGUUUGAGAACACUGAAGUAAUCUGUGCUAGUGCUGUACAUAGGCAGCUGUGCUCAAUACUGGAGUGCAUGCACAGAGAGUCUCGCUGGCAAAGAGAUAUGAGAUACGAAAUGAGUUUUUUAUGUCCUGUCUGUUCUCAUGGUGGUGUUGUUGGUCACUGUAGAAAUCAUGAUGCUCAACAAUGCAAAGAGGAGGAGUGUCUCCACUUCCUGGCUGAGUCAGAGGUGCGCAAGAACAGAAUCAUUUGCACCAAUUCUCCGUUUGCUCCAAAUCCUAAAGUGCAGGUUAAGCAGUUUACACCUUGGUUUCUCUCUCAAAUUGAACAGGUAAACACUUAUUGUUUUUUAACAGAUCCCACUGAGUAAGGUCUUCAACAAACAAUGCUCCUGGAGUGAAUUUAUCUUUGCAUAUUGUUUCCAAAUUAUGACUCAUGUAUUGAAGAUUUCCUGUAUGUUUCUACCUACUCCUUCACGCUCCGUUGCAUCUUGUAGGUACCAAUAGGGCCGUUUUAGUUCGCUUAAGUUCAGAUUUUCGCUCAAAAUUGCAUUCUGUUCACUCAUGAAUAUUAAUAUCAUUUCCCUGCUCUACACCAAAAUAUUAUGAAAGGGAAUUACAGUUUGCCUUCUUUGCAGGCUGGGAUUAACGUCUUUACAACUAGACGUCAUGUUUUAACUGAAAAAAAUACCCCGUAGUGUUUGUAAGCACAGAUGAUAAAGUGCGUACAGUAUUCAUGAAAGUAUUUAUGAUACGACAGGUCUUUGGUUUGCGUCUUCAACCCAAAGGUUUCUUCACUUGGGACGCAGAUGUUCAAAAAUGGACUACUUCUAUACUAAAGGGAAUUCAUUCUCGCUAAGGCCAUUGGCAUAGAAGACCCAUAUAACAACUAGAACUAUAUAAGUGAUACUAGUUACAUUUUGUCUUCUGCAGGAAGCUCGUCCUUCAAAGUUAGGUGGGCAAACAAGACACGGAGCAGUGGAAAGUGAUGCAGGAAAUUCUACGAGAGAGUUAAAAAUUACUCUUUUGGCGAGUGAGUGGAAUUCAUCCAUGGGUGGCUUGUCAACGAUAAAUACAAAGCUUGCAGUUCUACUAGCUAAACAGCCUCAAGUCAGUGUUACCUUCCUUGUUCCACAAAAUGCUUGUUCUGAGAAAGAGAGAAAAAGAGCGUCACAACUAAAGGUAACCAUUCGUGAAGCAGAGGAGCGUCCAGGCUUUGAUGAUCCUCUUGACUGGUUGUGCCUUCCACCAGAAGACCUUUCGAUCGACAUCGUGGUUGGCCAUGGUGCAAAGCUGGGCAAGCAAGCCCAAUUCAUUACCAAGUCUCAUCGUUGUAAGUGGGUGCAGAUGGUGCACACUGUACCUGAAGAACUUGGAAUGUACAAGGAUUAUCCUGAAGCAAUUGGCAAAGGUGAAAUGAAGAAUAGAACCGAGGUACAAUUGUGUAAACUGGCACAUCUUGUUGUUGCUGUUGGGGCCAAAUUAAAAGAGGCUUAUUCCUCCUACCUUCGCUCUAGUGAGAAAUACCAACAUAUCAUUCAGCUAACUCCAGGUACAUUCGAUGAAUUCAAAACAAUAAAGCAAGCUUCCCAGGACAGCGAGAAGUUUAAGGUUUUAACCUUUGGUCGUGGUGACCUUGAAGACUUCAAACUCAAGGGAUACGACAUUGUUCCUAAAGCAUUAGCUGAACUAAGGGACAGCUCCUAUUGUCUGGUUUUUGUGGGGACACCCAAAGGAAAACAGGAGGAAGUCGUGAAACGCUUGCUCCAGACUGGAAUCUCUGAAGAUCAGCUUCUUGUAAGGGCAUUUAUACAGGACAGAGAACAGUUAAAAGAUCUCCUUUGUGAGGUUGAUCUUGCCAUCAUGCCUUCCAGAACAGAGGGUUUUGGAUUAUCAGCCCUUGAGGCGUUGUCUGCUGGUCUUCCUAUUCUGGUGAGUGGCAAUUCAGGUUUCGGACAUGCACUGCGUGAGCUUCCACUAGGGCAGUCGUUUGUUGUUGAAUCCAAAGACCCCAGGGAAUGGGCGAAGGCAAUAGCUUCUGUCCGUGGGAAAGGAAGAGAACAACGUCUUAAAGAAAUCCAAUGCUUGCGAAGAAGCUAUGAAGAAAAGUACAGUUGGGAAAACCAGUGUGGAUCUCUUGUCGAAAGACUGUGGAGUAUGGCAUACGGUGAGAUUUUCAUAAAUUAUUGACCUCACAUACAUUUUAAAAAGAAAUGGACGCACGUUUCAACACCCGGAGUAGUCAAUCGAUAAAAAUCGGUAUCGAUUUGAAAAUCGAUAAAUCAAUAAAAAUCGGUACAUCUGAUUUGAUUGAUAUCGAUUGUAUCGAUCAAUCCGAGUAGAAAUCGAUGACACACUCGUUUCGUUUAUCGAUUUGUCUUGAUUUUUACCGAUUUCAUCGAUUCGUAUCGGAAGAAACAUCUGUUCAUCUAUCUGUUCAUCAAAAAAUUGAACUGACUUCAUGCAAACAGUAAAUUUAUUGACAAUUGAGUGGCAAUUGAGAGUCAAAGGAUCAAACAUUUAUCACAAUAUUGUUUAUAAAACAUCAUCUCUUAUAAAGAAAUUUUUUAAAAAAUCUUAUCUUUUCUUUAAAACCAGGUUUAAAAUCUUCUUUUGUUGGCUGAUAUUGGCCAGGUCUGUGGGCGCCCAGUUUUUUAGGAUUUAGAUCUACCACCCUUUCAAGUCUUUCAAAAUAACUUCGGUGUAGAUCCGGGUACAGUUACAUCCCAUAGGACUGGGAAUAGUUAAUAGAUAAAAAUCGAAAUUGAUAAAAAUCGUUAGCAAUCAAGUGAUUUUUAGCGAUUCAUAUCGGAAAACAGUGAAAAUCUAUCGAGGAAAAUCUUUUCGCCUGAAUCCAGACUCGAAAAAAUGUCUGAAAUUCAGGCUAGGAAAUCUUUAUCUAAAGAUGCAUUUCUCGUGAUACUUGCCUGCGAGAACUGAAUGUAAUUAAACCGAACCGUUUUUGUUAUUAUGUACUAAAUAAAGGGAGAAAAUUGUGUGUGUAAUAGUUUUCCACUUUUCUCAUUUUGAUGUUUGCUGAUCAGUUGUUACUCGUGGAUGUGUUUUCUUAGCUGUACUAUUUAACUCAUGCCAAAGAGCAAAAACGGCGGACUUCGUUAUAAAUCGUUAAAACCAUAAAAAAUCGAUAAUAUCGAUUUAACACAGCUGUGCAGUUUAUCGAUUUUCACCGAUUUCCGUUAUCAAUCAAAAAAAUCACUUCAUUGCCACCGAUUUUUAUCGAUACCGAUUUCUAUCGAUUGACUACUACGGAAAUUAUAAAACCAAACCGUUUUUGUUAUUAUGAACAAAACGAAGAGUUUUAGAGGGAAACUUGUGUGUGUGAUAGUUUCUACUUUCUCAUUUUCAUGUUUGUUGAUCAGUUGUUACUCAUGGAUGUGGUUUCUCAGCUGUACUAUCUAACUCAUGCCAGAAAACAACAAUUGCGGUCUUCCGCUAUAAAUCGUUAAAACCUUGAAAAAUCGAGAAUAUCGAUUUGUCACAGCUAUUCAGUUUAUCGAUUUUCACCGAUUUCCGUUAUCAAUCGAUAAAAAUUACUUGAUUGCUACUGAUUUUUAUCGAUACCGAUUUUUAUCGAUUGACUACUCCAGGUUAAACAGCGUCGGGAUAUUUUUUCCAGGUGUACAGUCGUGCACGGUCUUUUCAAACAUGCUAUUUUAGGGUUAAGAAUGGAGGAGUUAAAGUCAUGGUUAAGAUUCAUCUUGACUUAAAAAACCUCGUUCUGAAAUAUAUGUAAGAAACACAAAACUUGAGCAAACAUGGCCUUGGCCUGGCUCAUAUCAGACAUGUCUCUAAUAAAAUGUUACUUCCUUCAUUUUCCUUUGGCAUAGCCUUUGGUAAAGCCAAACAAGGUGGUUAGGGUUGCAGGAUAAUAAUAACAGAGGUGAAUUAUUGUUCAUCAAAUCUGUCUGUUAUGAAGGAUGUCAAAUAUAAAAACUACCAUUUUGGUAAAAUUUGAGACUGCUAACCGUAACCUUGUCGCUGCAGUUUUGAUGGUUCCUUGUGUUUACUCUUCAGUAGUCCCGUUUGGACGUAGUACCAACUGAAGGUUAAAGCCCACUCCUGGAUAUGUUCAUGAAAGAAAGCGUGCAUAUCACCCAGUAAAGUUUCCCCUUAAGUUCUUCCGGAUUUUUGACCAACUUUUUGCUUCCAAGCUCUUGAUAUUUUAAUGCGAAUGUAAUUGUUUUCGUUACAGUCAAACUGAGCUUGCGCACAUGUCACAUGAAAUGACAAUGUAAAAUUUCUUGUGCUCUUUUUUUUCUUUUACAGCUAAUAACUAAGAUUCACUUCCUGUGGAGUACAACUAGGAAUGGUGGCAUAGUGAACUACUGUCUCAUGACAAUUUAUCGGAAGUCUUGGUCCAUUCACUAUUAUAACGGGACAGUGCAUUUUUCCACUUUUGUUUUCUCCGACAACGCGGUUCUAAUUCCACAAAAUUAAAGUCAGCUAUUCUCAGAAACUGCCCUUGGAGUUCUAAAUGGCGACCAUUUGUUGCCAAAAUAAAAAUUAGUUAAUAUGAGAUUUCUUACCCUUGUUUAAUAAGGAAUUGCCGCCGGACACGGUUGAAAUAGAGACGACCGAUAUGAGGAUCGUCUUUUCUGGUCUCGUCUUAACCCCUUUUGUUUAACCGCGUUGUUUUAAGAACGUUCUUGCUGUGAUAAGAGCUCGACGGAUCUUAAUGAAAAAGGGGAACUGCAAGCGGUCUACUUUUUCAAUAGGGUAUCAUUUUCCUAGGAUGAUUCAAGCGUCAUGUGUCUUAGACAUUUAUAUAUAAUUAGCGUGGUUUUCUAAAUAAAUACUAAGUAAGCGGUACCUGAGUUCUGUUAGUGUGAUCUUAGUUAGAUAACAAGUUGGAGCC